AUGAAUGAUCCAGGUGAUGUGGUGCAUGCUUGCAAUCCCAGCACUCUGGCGCAGUUGCGCCCCGCACGGCCUGGCCCAGCGGAGCUCGCCCAGCCCAGUCGUGCUGGCGUCUGUUCGCUGCGCGUCUGCAAAGCUCCGGGAAGAUGGUGUUGGUUGGCGGCGGCGGCGGCGAUAGAGGCAAGGCUGAGGAGGAGGAUGGAGGAAACAGCAGGGCCUGCGGGCAGGGAAGGCGAGCUGUACCUGGACCGGGAUGUGACCUGGGCUGAGGCUGGGAGGCUGGGGCUGGAGGAUGGGCUGCCGCCCCUGCUCAUGUCGCCUUCUCUGCGGCUUCUGCUGCUGCUUCCCCUGCUGCUCCUGCUCUCCCUGCUGCUGCCCUGGGAGGCCCAUGCCGCAGCGAUGGAAGUGGCUGUGUCGGGUUCACCCGCAGCUCAGGCCACGAAAUGUGUGGGACCCUGUCUCAAUGGGGGCCACUGCAACCCUGGCACUGGCCAGUGCGUCUGCUCCACCGGCUGGGUGGGCACCCAGUGCCAGCACUGCGGGGGCCGCUUCAGACUAACUGGAUCUUCUGGGUUUGUAACAGAUGGACCCGGAAAUUAUAAAUAUAAAACCAAAUGCUCAUGGCUCACUGAAGGACAGCCGCACAGAAUAAUGAGACUUCGUUUCAAUCAUUUUGCUACAGAGUGUGGUUGGGACAAUUUGUAUGUUUAUGAUGGGGACUCCAUUUAUGCGCCGCUAAUUGCUGCCUUUAGUGGCCUCAUUGUUCCUGAGAGAGAUAGUAAUGAGAUUGUCCCCGAGGUCGUUGCCACAUCAGGUUAUGCCCUGCUGCAAUUUUUUAGUGAUGCUGCUUAUAAUUUGAGUGGAUUUAAUCUCACUUACAGUUUUGACACAUGUCCAUACGAUUGCUCAGGCCGAGGGGAAUGCACGAUCAGUAACGGCAGCAACACUGUUGAGUGUGACUGUUCUGAAAACUGGAAAGGCGAAUCAUGUGACAUUCCCUACUGUUCAGAUAACUGUGGCUUUCCUCAUCGAGGCAUCUGCAAUUCAAGCGAUGUCAGAGGAUGCUCCUGCUUCUCUGAGUGGCAGGGGCCCGGAUGUUCAAUUCCUGUGCCAGCUAACCGGUCGUUUUGGACUCUAGACAAAUAUCCUCACGUAAACCUCCCCAGAGCAUCUCACAAAGCUGUGGUCAAUGGAAAUAUAAUAUGGAUUGUUGGAGGGUAUAUGUUCAACAACUCAAAUUACAACGUGGUUCUAGCAUUUGACCUUGUUUCUCGGGAAUGGCUUCCACUAAACCGUUCUGUGAACAAUGUGACUUUGAGAUACGGUCACUCUUUAGUAUUACAUAAGGAUAAAAUUUAUAUGUAUGGAGGAAAAAUUGAUUCAACAGGGAAUGUGACCAAUGAGUUGAGAGUGUUUCAUAUUCGUAAUGAGUCGUGGGCAUUGUUGACCCCAAAGGCAAAGGAGCAAUAUGCAGUGGUUGGGCACUCUGCACACAUCAUUACACUGAAAACUGGCCGAGUGGUCAUGCUGGUCAUCUUUGGUCACUGCCCUCUCUAUGGCUAUAUAGGCAAUGUGCAGGAAUAUAACUUGGAUAAGAAUACAUGGUGUGUGUUACACACUCAUGGUGCUCUUUUGCAAGGGGACUAUGGCCACAGCAGUGUUUAUGAUCACAAGACCAAGGCCUUGUAUGUUCAUGGUGGCUGCAAGGCUUUCAUUGUGGAUAAAUAUGGGCUUGCUGAUGACCUCUACAAAUAUGACGUAGAUACCCAGAUGUGGAUCAUUCUUAAGGACAGCCAAUUUCCCCGUUUCUUGCACACAGCUGUAAUAGUGAGUGGAACUAUGCUGGUGUUUGGAGGAAAUACACACAAUGACACUUCUAUGAGCCGUGGUGCCAAAUGCUUUUCUUCAGAUUUCAUGGCUUAUGACAUUGCUUGUGACCGUUGGUCUGUGCUUCCCAGACCUGAUCUCCACCGUGAUGUCAGCAGAUUUGGCCAUUCAGCAGUCUUACACAAUAACACCAUGUAUGUGUUUGGUGGUUUCAGCAGUCUCCUCUUUAGUGACAUCUUGGCGUUCACCUCAGAACAAUGUGAAGCACACCAGAGUGAAGUUGCUUGCAUAUCAGCAGGACCUGGUAUCUGGUGUGUGUGGGAUGGGAUAACAUCUCAGUGUAUCUCCUGGGAGCUGGCAACUGAAGAACAAGCCAAAAAGUUAAACUCAGAAUGUUUUAACAAAAUAACUCUUGAUCAUAACAGUUGUGACCAAAACACAGAUUGUUACAGCUGCACAGCCAACACCAAUGACUGCCACUGGUGCAAUGACCAUUGUGUCCAUAGAAAUCACAGCUGCACAGAAGGCCAGAUCUUCAUUUCAAAGUAUGAGAACUGCCCCAGGGAUAACCCCAAGAACUACUGUAAUGGGAAGAUCAACUGCAGGAGCUGUAACCUGGACCAGAACUGCCAGUGGAUGCCCAGGAAACAAGAAUGCAUUGCUCUGUCUAAGUACAUUUGUGGCAUUGACUGGCAUUUGGCUGGAAACUCAUGUUUAAAAAUUACUACUGCCAAGAAGAAUUACGACAAUGCUAAAUUGUAUUGUAAAAAUCACAAGGCCUUUUUGGCUUCCCUCACAACCUAGAAGAAAGUGGAGAUUGUCCUUAAGCAGCUGCAAAUAAUGCAGUCAUCACAGAGCAUGUCCAAACUCACCUUAACCCCAUGGGUUGGCCUUUGGAAGAGCAAUGUGUCCCACUGGUACUGGGAAGAUAAGUCUCCAUUUACAAAUAGCCUACUGCAGUGGAUGCCGUCUGAGCCCAGUGAUGCUGGCUUCUGUGGAAUCUUGUCAGAACCCAAUAUUCAGGGAUUGAAGGCUGCAACCUGCAGCAGCCCACUCAAUGGCAGCAUCUGUCAAAAGCCUGUAAUCCACAGUGCCAAGCAAUGCCAGAAGCCAUGUGCCUUGAAGACGACGUGCAGAGAGUGUACCAGCAGCAACUUCGAGUGCAUGUGGUGCAACAAUAUGAAGCAGUGCGUGGACUUCAGUGCCUACCUGGCUUACUUCCCUUUUGGACAGUGUACUGACUGGUGUAUGAUGUACUGUCCCCCUGAAAAUUGUUCUGGCUACUAUACAUGCAGUCAUUGCUUGAAUCAGCCAGGCUGUGGCUGGUGUACUGAUUCUAUCAAUGCAGGGGAAGGCAAAUGCAUGGAGGGCUCCUACAGAGGACCAGUAAAGAUGCCUUCUCCGUUCUCUACAGGAAUUGCCUACCCACAACCUCUUCUGAAUUCCAGCAUAUGUCUGAAGGACAGCAGAUACAACUGGUCUUUCAUUCACUGUCCAGCUAGUUAGAGCAAUGACCACAGUAAAUGUAUCAACCAGUGUGAGAAGUGUUAGAAUCUGACUACUGGUAAGCACUAUGAGACCUGCAUAUCUGGCUACUAUGGAGACCCCUCUACUGGAGGCAAAUGCCAACCCUGCAGCUGCAAUGGGCACUUGUCAUUGUACAAUCCCAACAUGGGCAGAUGCUUCUGCACCACCAAGGACAUCAAGGGGUACAACCGCCAGCUAUGUGAAGUAGAAAAUAACUACCAUGGAAACCCUAUCAAAGGAACAUGCUAUUAUACUCUUCUUAUUGACUAUUGGUUCACUUUUAGCCUGUCCCAGGAAGAUGAUCACUACUACACAGCCAUUAAUUUUGUAGGUCCUGAUGCACAAAGCAAGGAUUUGGAUAUGUUCAUGUAUGACUCUAAUAACUUCAACCUCAACUUCACCUGAGCUGCCAGCUUCUCAGCUGGAUCUGAGGAUGGUGAAGAGAUUCCUGUUGUUUUAAAAACCAAGAUAAAGGAGUACAAAGAUAGCCUCUCUAACGAGAAGUUUGAUUUUGACAACCACCCAAAUAUCACUUUUUGUGUUUAUAUCAGUAAUGUUACCUGGCCCAUCCACGUUCAGAUCGGCUUCUCCCAACAUAAGAAUUUUAGGGACCUGAAACAGUUCUUGUGACUUUGGUCAGCUCAAUCUUUUGAUGCCCUGUAGAAGAUAAGGAUUUAUUGUUUUACGUUGCCUCAGCCAGCAACUCACCCUAUACCACAAAUGCAUGGACAAUCCCCUUCCUCCGCUAAGUGAAUAUAAUUAUAUCAUGAUGCUUGGUCAAGUCAGUAAUCCCUGUUUACAUUAUUAUGACUAUAAAAUGAUUAAACACAGCUGAUUUGAACUAUGCUUACACUUCCUCAUUUUAUGGAUGGAGUUUGACUCAGCUUAUCUUGAAUAUAAUAUUAUCCAUGCUUUUGCUUUUAAAUAGUUUGUUUUUUCUGUUAACCUACUCCUAUAUUGUGUUGUUCUUUCUAACAUUCUCUCCUUUUACCAAACCAUAUUCUCCAAAAGUUUUC